AUGGCCAACGAAUUCACCAUACGAUCGGCUUACAAGCUGAAGUCUGGCUUUCAGAUGCCAGUCCUUGGAUAUGGGGCCAUUCAGAAGUCAGGAAUCCCUAGAUCCGAGGUGUUCUUCACAACCAAGAUCCCUCCCGGAAUGAUGGGAUAUGAAAAGACCAAGAGUGCCAUUGAGACGAGUCUGAAAAAUGCCGAACAGACUUACUAUGACCUGUAA